AUGCUCGAGGCCGAGCUCCGCAAGUGGGCCUGUCUGACGAAGGACGAUCGCAUCCGUGUCGUCUACAACGAGAUCACCAGCACCACCGAGACCCCGAUCUGCAUCCCGGACUACCAACCCGGCCAGCUAAACUUUGUCCGUUGCGACUACAAGUGCCGUGAAGUGUUGCUGGAGGAGCAGCGUGAAGCCGCCAAAGCUGGCCCUGGCUUCUCCGUCUUCGAGGGCUCCGGUGCCACCAUCCGCAAACCGAGAUAC